AUGUACUCCCGUCUUCUCAGACCCCGUGUUCCGACACUUACCAGACAAUCUUCAGGUAACCCGUACCUAUCGAUCAGGUCUGGACUGCAGUUAGGUGUCAUUUUGCACCCGAACAAGUUGUCGGAUCGGCGAUCCCAGGAAAAUGGACAAAAAUGCCUUGCUUCUUCUGCCUAUGGGGUUCGCAGUUGGGGCCGCAUCAACACCGAUGGAAUUUUGAAACCUGAGGUCGUGUCCUACCCUAACCGAUCGCGGGAUUUGCCCGGCUUGUAUACGGAAAGCGGCAAUCAGAGAUUACUACCCUCUGUAGUUGGCAACUGCCAACUCCCAUGGCUCAUGGCUUCCUGCACAAAUGGUGCCAAUCGCACAUCAACGUCUGCAGGAAUGAAGCCCCUCUUCGGCUUCAUUCCUCGGAAGGUGACAGGCGAUCAAGUCCGCGAAGCUCUGGUCAAUUCGUACACAUCUCUCAGCACAAGAUACUUAAGGCAAGGAAAAGACUACCCGUAUACUCGCAGAUGGACCAGUUCCUCAGAUGCACCAAAAGUCUGGUCUCCGAUAAUUCCCUUCCCGGUGCUAACCACAAGAAUCACUCUUCUCGUAAAGUUCAGCACAAACCAGAUUGCUGUCAUCGUCGGCGAGACUGGAUCUGGCAAGACAACACACGAUCUAUCGAAUGGACUCUUUUUACCGAUAGAAUACCAAUUGCCUCCUGCAAAGGGCAGAAUCAUCGCCUGCACACAUCUACGACGUGUCGCCGUGACGUCUGUCUCCAAACGAGUUGCGGAAGAAAUGGAUGACGUGCUUAAUGGCGCUUGGCAGAGGGGUCGGUUACUCAAUACGUUUUGA